CGCCAGCAACAGGAGCUGCAGAGAAAGCUGCACAUUUUGAGGCUAGAGGGGAUUGAUCAGUCAGUUGCGGCUGCAAUGCGCAAGGCAAAGGGAGGCACUGGAGGUGGAGAGGAGCUGCAGAUUCCAGCGAAUGAGAAACGAGGUACAGCGGGUCGUGCGAAGGAGGGGCAUGUCUGGAUGGCAGCAGAUCCCAAGGCAGUGCAUAUCAUCCAUCCAACGGUCAAAAUGAUGGCAGAUCCGCGGGCAACGGCCUGCCACAUGGAUGCUGCUGCUCAAGUCCGUGCUGAUCAUCCUAUGGCCUUCCAUCCAUAUCAUGCCCUUGGCAGCAACACAGGGAUUACGGUUCCCAUCUACCAGGGAAUGUGUCAUAACACAGCAGGGAAUGGCUAUCGUCAUCAAGCGCCACCGCCGAUGUCGGUGCCCGUCUCUUGGCCAGCGACACCUGUGGUUGCCCAUCACUGUCAGAGCAGUCAUGGGGUAGAUGUGAGUUCGUCUUCACCAGCGAUUGGGUAUCUGCCUGGAUCUCAUGCCCCUUCCAUGCCGGUGAUUCACUUGUCUAUCAACACACUACAACAACCACUGAUGUACGAUCCAGCUACGUGUUGGCAUACUGGGAAUGCUGCGCAGUCUUAUCCGCCACUGUUAACCUUGCACGAAGAAGACAAACAUGUGUUUCGCAGAGCGAGCUGUCAGUGGUCAAGACGACUCACCGUGCCAGUCUUCGCAGUGGCUAUCAUUGCUCUCAUCAUUGCAGCUGGCGUGAUACUCCGGCCUCGAUCCCCUGACUUCGACCUGGUGGACGUGACAGUGUCGGCACUAAAGCUUCGAUCGGCGAAGAGGCCAUCUGAGGGUGGGGGAGUUGUGUCAGAAUUGGUGCUUGACGUCAAUCUAACGGUCAUGGUUUCUGUCGCCAACCCCAAUCAUGUUGGGGUAUUUUACCGGAACUCCAUCGCCAACGUUCUGUACAGGGAACAUGAGCUGGGUAAAGCAGUCAUUCCAGCUGGGUGGGAUGCGGCAGGCGGAUUCAAUAUCUUUGAGUUCAUUGUUGCCAUCGAUGGUGCAGCCACCCGUGGACUCGGGCCGGCGCUGUUGACAGACUUUUUGAGAAGAAAAAUGCUUCUGACCAUUAAUUCCGAAAUAACCGGCUGGGUGGAGCUACUUUUCUUGCAUGUUCCUUUCAAGGUGUGGGUGGAGUGUGAUCUUCUAGUGAAUCCCUUAUCUGUGUCUCUAAUCGACCGGUCUUGUAUGUGGAGGUACAAUCCUAGCUGACAUUAGAAGAGAGGGACUCUCUCUGCUCUAGUGAAGCUACGAUCAUUCAAUUUGGUGGCGAUUCAGGUCCGCAGCAGCUGAAGCAGCAGCUAAGGUGGCUAUCAUGUGAGGAGGAGGAAAGAAGACAAAAGUGCCGCACGUGUUGCCCGGCAAGUACAUGUUUUUUUUCUGUCGAUGUCAUGUACAUAUAGUGUCUGGACUCCGGAGUGCAUUUUCUGGCUGGGACAGACCUUCCAUAGUCUUGUGGAGGUUUAUGUUGGCUUACGAUGGGGUAAGUUCGCGGAGGUUUAUGUUGGCUUACGAUGGGGUGUGAACCUACAGUCUGUAGAGUCGUCCGUCUGGUGUGGGUGAGUCAUACUCCUCUUCGAUUUUCACCACAGAAUCGUCGGUACCCUUGAGAGUGGCGUUUGGUGCCCACCUCAGAGCUAUCGGUUGCGGGGCAGUAGUUGAUGCCGAACCGCAAGCGGGGUUGAGGGGGAUUCUCACUUACGGUAUCGUCGGUUAGGGGACUCAGUAGACUUUAGAAGUUUAGAGGGUUCAGCCUCCUGAUGGGUCGGUGAAACUCCAAUGAAACAGUUCGGUACAG